AUGGAGGCUGUUUUCCCUCGUUUCAAAGCUCUACAGCGGCUUGACUUGUCUGGUGUUAAGCUGCAAGUGUCUCCCGAUCUAAAUGCUCCAAAACUAGUAGACCUAUUCUUAGAUCAAACUCUAAUGGAGGUUGUAGAUUUCAGUCGCUGGAAUGUCCCAAGUUUGCAAAGAUUGUCUAUAGACGACUCUAUUCCUCUAAAGUUUGUCACUGGUCGUCUUCCUGCAUCCACAAAAGAAUUGUCAAUUACAAAUACACUACUUACUGCUUUUCCGCAAUCAUUUUUCGAGAAGUCAUCGUUACGUGUAUUGAUUCUAACUGGAUCAAACUUUGACUGUGAUCCUUGCGUAUUUCAAUGGUCGCUACCGGUCGCUCGUCUCAUAGGCAAUCAAACUCUGUGUGCUCCUGUACAAGAAAAUUGCACUCUGGGAAUAUCGAAGCAUAACCCCGAUAUCAUUCGCACCGAGUUCAGUGAAUCACCUGUUAUACCUUGCAUUGCCUAUGGAUCGCCACAGCCAGCUGUUGAAUGGUGGUUGUAUCGCCCGGCGACAUAUUUGGGAAAGUUUGAUCCUGCAGCCGAUCGGCCCCUUUCAACGAAUAGCUGUUGCACCGUGCUCAGCGGAGGUGCGCUUAUGCUUCACAAUGUAAAUCGUUCCUUUAUCGAGCGAUAUGUAUGUGUAGCACGGCAAGAUUCAGAGUCGGUUAGUAGGAUAUUCCAUUUUAGACUUGAUUACUCUAGUUGGUAUUCUUUGGACUUGUUCAACAGCGUAUUCUGGGGUGGAAUAGCGACGGCAGUGCUUGUUUGCUCCUUCUCUUUCCUACUUAAUAUUACAUGGAUUUUGACAAGAAAGAGCAUACUAUGGUGGAUACAACGUUUUCUCACUUUGUUGCUGCUUACACAUGGUAAUAUCCCAUAG